UGUGGUGGGGCCAGCGGCGGCAUCAUCUAUGAUGUAGAGCUGUCUGACGCUGCCAACGCGGGGCUUCCGAAGGCGCUGAAGUUCCUUCAGCCGAUUAAGGCCAAGUACCCCGGUGUGUCCUGGGCCGAUACCAUCCAGCUGGCAUCGGCAUGCGCCUUGAAACACUGUGGGGGGCCUGAUAUUAUUCCUUAUAUGAAGUUUGGCAGGAAGGACAUCUCCGGUCCUGAGGAGUGCCCCCCAGCUGGGAGGCUUCCUAUGCCUGAAGGCGCCGACCAUUUGAGGAAGAUCUUCUACCGUAUGGGCUUCAAUGAUCAGGAGAUUGUCGCUCUUUCUGGUGGUCAUACUAUCGGUAGGGCCUUCAAAGAUCGUUCUGGCACGGUUGAGGAGGCUGCUGGGCGCGGUACUCAAUACACCAACGGUAGCGAGGUGGCUCGUCUUGAUGGAAAGGAGGGUAUCGGUAUGAAGGGCGGCCGCUCUUGGUGCAGGAAAUGGCUCAAGUUUGACAAUGAGUACUUCAUCAACAUCAUGGAGGAUGCUAAGUCCAAGAGCAAGGUUGAUAACGGUCUCCUUGUCCUCAAAAGUGACAAUUGCCUUGUCACGGAUCCGUCGUUCAGGCCAUACGUCGAGGUCUAUGCUAAGGACAACAACAAGUUCCUCUGCGACUACGCUCAAGCACACAUAAAAUUGAGCGAGCUCGGUUGCCAAUAUGUCGUUGACGGUGGGAUCAAG